UGGGCUAGUCUCGCGAGAAGGCCGCCCCGGCGUGGGCGCUCUGGGCAAGAUGGCGCACUCCUCACACAGUCGCCGACGCCGCGGCGCAGACCUUCGUUAGAGGAUGGCGAGGGGGUUUUCUCUCUCCUGCUUUCUUUUUUUCCUUCUCUCUCUCUCUUAUCUUCUUUUUUUUUUUCUUCCCCCCACCCCGGGGUUAUUGACCUGCCGGGGAGGCUGGACUUCGGGGCGUCGUCGCGCGUGAUGACAGGCCCUCUUGCAAAGUUUUCUUUGCUGAUGAUCCCAUUAAAAUCGUGCGAGCCCAGCGGCAGUAUAUGUUUGACGAGAAAGGCGGACGGUACUUGGAUUGCAUCAACAAUGUUUCCCACGUGGGACACUGUCACCCAGAAGUGCUCAAAGCUGCCCUGAAACAGAUGGAACUCCUCAACACGAAUUCCCGAUUCCUCCACGACAACAUUGUCGAGUAUGCCAAGCGCCUUUCAGCCACGCUGCCAGAGAAGCUGUCAGUCUGCUAUUUUACAAAUUCUGGGUCUGAAGCCAAUGACUUAGCCUUACGCCUGGCCCGACAAUUCAGUGGGCACCAAGAUGUGAUCACCCUGGACCAUGCCUACCAUGGCCAUCUGACGUCUUUAAUUGAAAUCAGCCCAUAUAAGUUUCAAGAGGGCAAGGAUAUCAAGAAAGAAUUUGUGCAUGUGGCACCAGCUCCAGAUACUUACAGAGGAAAAUACAGAGAAGACCAUGCAGACCCCGCUAGUGCUUAUGCAGACGACGUGAAGAAGAUUAUUGAAGAAGCUCAUAAGGAUGGAAGGAAGAUUGCUGCCUUUAUCACUGAAUCCAUGCAGAGUUGUGGUGGACAGAUAAUCCCUCCGGCUGGCUACUUCCAGAAAGUGGCAAAAUAUGUAAGAGAAGCAGGAGGUGUGUUUAUAGCUGACGAGGUCCAGGUGGGCUUUGGCCGAGUCGGGAAGCACUUCUGGAGCUUCCAGAUGCACGGUGAAGACUUUGUCCCGGACAUCGUCACAAUGGGGAAACCAAUGGGCAAUGGCCACCCAGUGGCAUGCGUGGUAACAACCAGAGAAAUCGCAGAGGCCUUCUGCAGCUCUGGGAUGGAAUAUUUCAACACGUAUGGAGGAAAUCCAGUAUCUUCUGCUGUUGGUCUGGCCGUCCUGGAUGUGAUUGAAAGUGAAGACCUUCGAGGAAAUGCCACAAGAGUGGGAGAUUAUCUCAUUGAGUUACUGAAUAAACAGAAGGCUAAGCAUGCUCUGAUAGGAGAUGUCAGGGGCUGUGGCCUUUUCAUCGGAAUUGACUUAGUGAAGGACCAUCAGAAAAGGACUCCCGCCACAGCCGAAGCUCAGCAUAUCAUCUACAGGAUGAAAGAAAAGCGAGUUCUGCUCAGUGCAGACGGACCUCAUCGGAAUGUGCUUAAAAUCAAACCACCCAUGUGCUUCACUGAGGAGGAUGCGGUGUUCAUGGUGGAGCAGCUGGAUGGGAUUCUGACAGUUUUAGAAGAAGCCAAUGGACCCCAAACUGGAAGUGUGAUCUCUGAGAACACUGUAUGUAGAACAAAGGUCUCAGCAGCUCACCUCAUCGUGGACUAUCUACGCGAGCACGAGCACACACCUCCACUCCUGCUCCCGUGUCUGAACUCAGCAGCCUUACGGAAAGCAAGGUAUGGGCACAGAGAAUGGCCAGAGACUCCGUAGAGUAAACAAAUGUAUUUUCAAAGGAAGGCUGUACAGUCCUUAGCAGGACAAUGUGUGGGUAUAUCAUGAACAUCAAGACAUUCUCCAGAAGUAAUUCCAAAUGUCCAUCGAGUUCCUAUCACGUGCUAACUCCUGCGUCUGUUUCUCAGAUGCAAAUGAGACAAGAAGAAUCCUGUGUUACCUAUAACCGUGGUGCAAAGAGUUAAGUACUUUAACAGGGCUGAGAGAUGCUUCCCUUGGUAGAGCACACACUUCACCAUGUGCAAGAGAACCAUGCAAAGGGGACUCUUCAUAAGAGGCCAGAUGGGUGCUGUGGUAUUUCUGUUUCUUUCUCCGCCUCUCUCCCCAUCUCAGUCUCUCACCCUCUUAUCUGAAAAACAGUCCACUGGGAAUAGUGGGCUUGUGCAGGCACAGAGCCCCAGCCGAAGGCUCGUGGGCAGAACGUAAGAAACAAGGACAGGAAGGGGAAACAUCAAGCAGAACUUGGACCGCUGUGUAUUUACACCAGAGCACUCUGGG